AUGACUUCCACAAAACGUAAACAUACAACAAUUGCACAAAAUGAUCUUGAUCAUGAAAAUCCAAUUAUCAAUGGGAAAAAAAAUUUAGAUCGUCUUAAAAAGUUGAAAGGAAAAAGUAAAUCAAAAAUUGUCGAUGUACCAACAUUAUCACAUGGACCGGGUGAUGUAUCAAAUACAUUUCAACGUUAUAGAAGUAAAACUAGAUCAAAAACCGAUGCAAAAUCAAAUAUUUUUCAAUUACCUGAUGAAAUCAUUUUAACAAUUCUUCCUUAUUUAAAUAAAGCAUCCCUCGUUGCUUUUAUACAAACUUGUCGAAAAUAUCGCGCCAUAGGAUAUCAUCCAAAUUUAUGGCGUCGUAUUGAUCUAUCUUAUAAACGUAUUGGUAGUGAACAAUUAAAUAGUCUUUUACAACGUGGAACAGUUACGUUAAAACUGAAUCAAUCAACAAUUGAAGAGUCAAAUUUUACUUAUAUUGAACCAUCUGCUUUAUGCCAUCUUGAUUUAACCGCUGCAAUAAUUUCAACUGAUCUUCUUCUUAAUUUACUACGUUCAUGUACUUCAUUAUGUAAACUUAGUUUAGAAUCAGUACCAUUGAACUACAAAAUCGUCAAAAAAAUUGUCGCAAAUGUUCAACUUGAUACACUUAAUCUUGCCAUGUGCACAGGUAUAACAUUCGAAUGUUGUCGAUUAAUUACCAAUAAACUUUUAUCGUUACGUUCUUUAAAUAUUGCUUGGACUGAAUUAUCUUCUCAAAGCAUCCAGUAUAUAUGUGAAACAAUACCACGGUGCAUUGAAAACUUAAAUAUCAGUGGACACCGUUAUAACUUAACGGACGAUUGUAUGCAAACAUUGGUACAUCGGGCAUUUCGUUUACAUUUUCUUGAUAUAAGUGAUUCAGUAGUGAUCAGUGAUCAAUCAAUAAUUGCACUUCGUCAACAUUCGCGUUUACUUGAACAUUUAUCUGCGUCACGUUGUUAUUUGCUCUCUCCAUCAGCACUUAUUACAUUAAAAUCAUUACCAGCUUUUACUGCAUUAGAUAUAUUUGGUACGUUAGCCCAAUUGCCAUUACAACAAUUACGCAAUGAACUGGGUACACGAAUUCAUUUGAAUAUGUUUCCGCUUUCAAAUGUUGCUCGACCAACAACAGGUAUACAACGUACAUCUCUUUGGGGUUUACGUACGCGAUCAUAA